GGAAGGAAGUGAGAAGUACAAGCACACAGCACAGAGCACGCAGCAAUGAAGUUGUGCCGACGUUUCUGCUUUCUAUUAUGCAUAGCAGGUGUACGGUGGUCCGGAGCAGGUGCAGACGCCGCCCCGACAGAGCUGGUCGGCACCGCGGGGGAGACGGUCACGUUUCCGCUCGAGAUCCCGGCAGGGGAGACAUUAGAUAAUGUUGGCUGGACGAUUGGCACAGAGAGUCUAGCAAUCGCGGUACCAGGAGACCCCGCGAGUGUCGUUGUGUCAAACAGGCGCUAUAGGGGCCGCCUGCGUGUCCCCAACGCCGGCCUCGCACUGCACAUCACCGACCUGAGGCCGGAGGACGCCGGGUCCUACACAGCUAGAGUCACCACGGAUAAAAGCGAAUUCACUAGGCUCUUCACACUGCGGGUCUACGAGCGGCUGCCCCAGCCCAUGAUUCACUGCAAUGCCCAAAGCUGUACGAAUGGGCUCUGUAACAUCACCCUAAGCUGCACCAUCCCCAACGGAGGCAGCAAAGUGACCUACAGCUGGAGCAUCCCACAGCCCCCCAGUAUGACCAGUCAAGGAUCCAUCGCGGUCAUCUCUCACCCAGAUCUUCUGAUAAACAUCACGUGCACGGUGCAGAACCCCGCCAGCAACAGCUCCACAAUAGCCUCUGUCGAGGCCCUUUGUGCAGGAAAUUCCACGAACUCCACUGAUGGACAUUCCUCUUCCGCCAUUAUCAUUGUUGUCUGCAUUGCAAUUGCCAUUGGUGUCCUAGGGAUCUGUGGUUAUGUGUUGUACAGGAGGAAGAAGAAAGGUAAACAUAUGAACUUUGAAGGGGAGAGUGAAAAAGUGGAAGAGACUCAAAACAACACGCUUUACGCUCAAGUCGGCUUUAAUCCGUCGGCUCCCAGGAAGCCGAAAAGGUCAGGAGGGAAUGGCGCUGUGAACAACGAGAACCCCAUGACCAUCUAUGCCACUGUCCAACCCCAGAGCCAGGCUGCCAUGCAGACAGACGAUGAAAAGAUGUGCAAGGGAAACACAACAUCCCCACAUCAGAAGGAGAAGCAAAUCAACUGCACCGACGAAAUGCCCCCUGGGACACAAACCCUCCCAAUGCUGUAAUAGCUCUGCCUGGACAUGCAAGAGCAUACCAGAACAAGACAGUCUACAUACCAGCCAGGGAAAUGGAUACGUGCAACAAUGAAGAAGGCCAAGAUUCAUUUCCAGCUAUAUGCUUUAUCUACCUCAAAUCAAUUAAGACACUCAGAAAACCCAUCCAGAACUUCACAGGACCUGUUUUGCCUUCCUGUGACCUUUGUAUGAAAAAAAAUGGUUAUGCAGCUUUUAA